UGUAGCUCUGUUAGAACGUAUAUAUAACUUUGCUAGAAAGUUAUUCGUAAACAAGGUGGUGUUACACGAGGAACGUUUUCACUUUUGUCGUGUGAAACAAAACACAACAUACAUUCAUACAUACUAUGUACACAUACAUACAUACAUACAUACAUACAUAAUAUAUAAAUACAAACGUGCGCGCGCAUAUAUAAAAUAUAAUAAUGGAAAAAAUUUAUAAAACAUCGGCCUUAGGUUAUUACAUUAAAUUAGCAAGAAAGAAUCAGGCAAAUGAUAUUGUGCGUUUCUUAAAGGAAAAUUUUAACAACGAAGAAACGAUAUUCAAGAGUCUUAUUAAUUCCGGAAGAGUGAUAAACGAAGAAGAAGCUAAAUUAAUAACCGAAGAUCAAGAAAAUUUUCAAAAAGCAAUAUUCGAAAGUUCUCCCUGUUUGUUGGCCUACAACGAAAAGACGAAGAUGAUCGUUGGAAUUAAUUUAAUGAUAUUGAGUAAAAAUUCACGUUUUAAUAAUUCUAAUAAUACCGGUACCAAUGCAAUUUUUCACGAUAAUAUACCAAAAUCAAAAUUAAUCAAGGAUUAUUAUUAUUAUAUGUCUACUAUAACCGACAAGAUUGAUCUUUACGAUAGAUUUCCAAAUGCCAAAGAAGCAUUAGAAUUUUACGCUGUCGCCGUUGACAAGGAUCAUCGUAAAAUAGGCUUGUCCUUAGAUUUAACGAUAGCAGGAUUAUCGUUAGCAAAAACCUAUUCCAACGUUGGAUUUAUAUUUGGUCUUUAUACAUCGACGUAUUCGAAAAGAAGUGCCGAGAAAAUAGGUAUGAAGAGUUUAGCAGAUGUCAAUUUGCUAACCUAUGUGAACGAAAAGGGUGAGCCAAUAUUUCAAGACACUCCACCCCAUAAUAUUGUAUCCCUUAUGGUAUUAGAAUUAUAAACAUUAUGAUAUA